UCACAGCAAAGAAUAUCCAUUGUAACAAAUGGAAUUAAAACUGAAACUUUAAAUCUUUAAAUCGCUGUCUCUCUCUCUCGCUGUCUCCUCUAUCACUGUCUAUCUACCUACCCAUCUACCACUGCGCCACCUCCCUUGAUAACCUCACGCAUCCUCCUCCUGAUAGUUCCGCCUGCCUUAUCGCCUUGGCUUCCGUGUUGUUCUAUCCCCGCUCAGCGUUUCGUCCCGGAGUCGGCCUCUCCGUCGUCUGUCGGAGUCACACUUGUCGGCGCUGUUGAGUGGAGCAUUUGUACAAGGCGUCAACCCAUCCUGAAGAGGCUGAAGCAGUCUGCAAAGAUGUUCCGAGUGCUUGCCCUGGCCUGCGUUGUUGUGGCGCUCGUGUGCAGUGAGGAGGCGGGCGUCGGGCCGGGAGCGGCGGAGAAAUCAGACUGCGUAGUAAACCUGGGACUGAAGAUAGAUUUACAAUCAAGCAAGAUGUUUCCCCUCAAGGACAUCACUAAGUUCGCCGUCAAAAAAGACAAACGAAGACCUGAAAGCAAGUUCCUUGUGCACCUAUCUGAUCUGCACAACACUUCCCUCCUGAGCAUUUCAAUUCCGCUUCAACUGCACGACGCACGCUGGUCGAACAUCUCCCUCUCCCUCGAAGGCGACGCGCUGCAGGUGUCCGGAUCUUCGGGUAACAUCUCUUGGGACGUCGGCGUGACCUCAGUCGAAGUCACCAAUGUCACCGGGUUUCGGAUCGAAACCCUCCCAGAUAACUACUUAGUGCUCAACGAAUGCUUUGAAGAAUCCCCCUCAGGUGGAAGCACUUUGGAGGAAAGGGACAUACUUCUCUAUACUUCUGCCGCUUUCAAUUGCCUCCUGAUCCUGGUCAUCGGCUGCAUCUUAGCGUACCUGGUCUUGGACCGUCGCCUCGCCCUGCCCUCCGACUUUUACUCCGCUGACCAGGACUCGGCCUGUGAGGAGGCAGACGCGGCCGCUGCGAGUCACUCGUAGGUCAGCCGCGAGUGGCCCGUUCCGCAGCCCUUGGCCCAUUGAGGAGCCGGCCAGCGGAGCAAAGAAGACAGACGAGCUUGCUGACCAAGCAGGACCCCAGCGCACGGCCCUCGACCUCAGGAGAAGCCAUGGGAAGGAACGGGUCACGGAAGUGUGGCAGCCGUAGGAGGGCCAGCAUGACUGCCGUGCCGGAGGCCAAAGACGCCAAGUACGGGCGCGCUGCCUAUUCAGUGAAAACACGUAUCAGACAUGAAACCAAUAACAUCACACAAGUCUGACGACCCUGAUAUCCGAAGCGCAGGACUGAAAACAUGACCUCCAGGUCACCUGUUUACCUGAUUCAUAUGAGACGCAGAUUUUGAUCUUUACAAACCCAGAUGCCAUGUUUUAGCUUCCAUUGUGAUGUGUAAUUCUUAUUUUAUUUGCUUGCUCGAGUGUGUGCCAACUUGUUCGCUUAUGUAGAGUGAGGCUGUGUUCAGGGGGGUCGCACUAGCACAGUUUCUGUGGUUCUUUCACGUUUCCGUGUUUUGUUUUUGUUUUUUCUUCUUUUAUCUCACUACUGGUGGCACUUUGCCUGAAAGUGAUAAUUCCGUCAAGCGAUAAUUUUCGUUUUCGCUGGCAAUUUUUCCGCCUGUUCGUUUCCACCCGCGAGCCGCGUCCCCGCGCCUCCUCCCCAAGGUCUAUAUGUCCUCCCCGGCUGAGAGCAGAGGCAAGUCGCGGCGAAUAGGUGACGGUGUGUGAAUGGGUGUGUUUGUGUGUUUGUUUGCGUCUCUGUAUGUAUGUAAGAGCGCAUGUUUGAAUGUCUUUGUAUCUUUCGCCUGAUCUGAUAUAUACAAAAUAAUAUGCCCGUGAUUUGUACCAAUGCUUUUGUUAUGAUCACUGCAAUAAAGUUUUAGCAUUUA